AUGGCCCGCACACUUUGCCUCGACGUCUCCUUCCACAUCAUGGCUUUCGCUGACGACCCCACCGUCUGUCGCCUCAUGCAAGUCAACAAGUUCUUCAACAUCGAGGGGGCCAAGUAUCUUCUCGAUGACUCGUGCAUCACCAUCGCAUCUAGCCGCCAGCUCGACUCUCUGAUCACCUUCUUGUCCGCAUACAACGGCGCUCGACUCCAGUUCCUCAAAGGCCUUUGUCUGGAGAUGCAGAGUCUGUCGAUUUCCGUCCCAAAACGCUUGGGCGCUCUGUUGACGGCACACACGGACAAGAUUACUAUGACGCUUCUCGAUAUCACACACCUGGACAGCAUCAUCUCAUCUUGCCGUGCUCUGUACGCCGCCUUCGCGUCACUCACCACCAUCACUCACAUCCGCUUCGCCGGGAUCAACACCGUCGGCUCUGGGUUCUUGCGCGACUUCAAGUCCAAGGUCAAAGUCGCCGACCUGCGGUGGGAUCCGACCCCGAACAUCCGCCUCACGGAGAGCGCUUCCGAUGAGGCAAAGAUCCCUAUCUCCGUUCUCAAGAACUUUCAAUCGUCGUUGGUGGACUUGAGCGCCACCAAUGUGAGCUUCCAGCGGUCAAACGGCGACAACACCUUCGACGAGGUCUAUCCCCGCCUCACCGACCUCCAAAUCCAAGGGGUACUGAUCACCGGGAUGCACACCCGCACUCUCGUCCGCGCCUUCCCGAACCUCCAGAACCUCGUCAUGGUGCAGCCGUCGACACACCGCGGAGACGAUCCGACCGCGCUCGACGCGCAGCACGAGCACAACAUCGCCGAACAGCUCGCGCACCGCUCCUGGCCGUCCCUAGAGACCAUCAGCGGCGGCCUCCUCGACAUGUACAUCCUCGCCCCGACCUGCCAGGUCCAGGAGGUGCACGUCACGGGCCCGUACAUGCAGACGCGCGCGCUCCGCCGGCUCCUCAAACGCACGCGCCCCGCGCAGCUCGCCCUCGCGCAGUUCGAGGGGGACCUCUUCACGCCGGCGCUUACGGAGAUGCUGCGCAAACCGUGCGCGGCGCGCGUCGAGUGCUUGGAGGUCAUGUUCAGGAUGGGGUGCACCCUGCCGGCGGACACGAUCGACGCCCCCGUGAUGGUGGAGAGCUGGAUCGCAGCGAUCCGGGGGCUGCCGCGCGUCCGGGUGCUCAGCAUCGCGCUCCACGGCGCGUUCCUCCAGUUCACGCGGAGCGGUCCCCACCGGUUCGAGCCGUCCGCCGCGGAGCGGUUCUUCGCCGCGCUCGACCUCAGCGCGCUCGCCCAGCGGCUCAAGGACACGAUCCCGACGCUCAAGACCGUCGAGCUCACGGUGGAGGGCGUCCGUGGGAGGCGGGAGCCCCGGUGGGUGCGGCUUGGGCCGGAAGACAUGGAGUUCGAGACGUGCGCGGCGGCGACGGCGCGGAUGCUGAACAGUCAGAUGCCGGAGCUGGGGACGUUGGGGACGUUGGGGUUUGUCCACUCGGCGAACUGA